GGCCCCGCCCCCGGCGCGUCCUUCGGCCAUGGCGGCGCAGGGCCCCGGCCCGGCCCCGCCGCUGGCGCUGGCCCUGGCGCUGGCGCUCUCGGUGUCGCUGUCGCUGUCGGUGUCGUCGUCGGGGCCGCCGCCUGCCGAGGUCGGGGCCGAGGCGCUGCUGGCGGCGGCCCCGCGCUGGGGGUGGCGGAACGUGUCGUGCCCGGCGUGUCGGCUGCUCUUCGGGGCGCUGGACCUGGCGCUGCAGCUGGAGCCCAACGUGGCGCGCGUGGGGCGCCUGGCGUCGCGGCUGUGCCAGGAGCUGCGCCUGGCGCGGCCGCCCGUGUGCCGGCAGGCCGUGCAGCUCUUCCAGCGCGACGUGGUGUCGGCCUGGGCGCGUUCGGUGCUGCGGCCCGGCGAGGCCUGCGGGCUGCUGCUGGGCCGGGGCUGCGGCCGCUGGGACAUCUUCGGCGCCUGGAACGUUUCCCUGCCCGCCGCCCCCAAGCCGCCGGUACGGCCCCCGCAACCCCCCGCGCCCGGCGCCCCCACCGCCCGCAUCCUCUUCCUCACCGACCUGCACUGGGACCGCCGCUACGUGCCGGGCAGUCCGGCCGCCUGCCCCGACCCGCUCUGCUGCCGCGGCGAUGCCGGACACGGCCCCGGCGGUGCCGGCUUCUGGGGGGAGUACGGCAAAUGCGACCUGCCGCUGCACACCAUCGAGGAUCUGCUGGCCCAGUUGCCAGACCCGGCCACCUUUGCCGCCGUGUACUGGACCGGCGACAUCCCGGCGCACGACGUCUGGCAGCAGAGCCGGCAGGACCAGCUGCUGGCCCUGCGCACCGUCACCGGGCUGCUGCGCCGACACCUGGGCCACCUGCCCGUCUACCCGGCUGUGGGCAACCACGAGGCCACCCCGGUCAACGCCUUCCCCCCGCCAUACGUGCGGGGCAACCAGUCCUCCGCGUGGCUCUACGAUGCCAUGGCUCAGGCCUGGCAGGGCUGGCUGCCCCCCCCGGCGCUGCAGACCCUCCGGGCCGGCGGGUUCUACACGGUGGGGGUCUGGCCGGGGCUGCGCCUCGUCUCCCUCAACAUGAACUUCUGCUCCCAGGCCAACUUCUGGCUGCUCAUCAACGCCACCGACCCCGCGGGGCAGCUCCAGUGGCUCGUGGGGGUCCUGGCCGACGCCGAGAGGGCGGGGGACAAGGUGCACAUCAUCGGGCACAUCCCCCCCGCGCACUGUCUGCGCAGCUGGAGCUGGAACUACUACCGCAUCGUCAGCAGGUUUGAGGGCACCAUCGCGGGGCAGUUCUUCGGCCACACGCACGUGGACGAGUUCGAGAUGUUCUACGACGAGGAGACGCUGUCGCGCCCCGUCUCCGUCGCCUUCGUGGCCCCCAGCGUCACCACCUACAUCAACCUCAACCCCGGGUACCGCGUCUACGAGGUGGACGGCGCCUACCCCGGCAGCUCCCACGCCGUGCUGGACCACGAGACCUUCAUCCUCAACCUGACGGAGGCCAACGCGCCGGGGGCCGCGCCGCGCUGGCGGAGCCUCUACCGGGCGCGGGAGGCUUACGGGUUACCCACCGCCUUCCCCGCCGACUGGGACCGGCUCAUCCGCCGCUUCCAGGACGACGAGCCCCUCUUCCAGCGGUUCUGGUUCCACCUGCACAAGGGUCACCCCCCGCGGCAGCCCUGCCUGGCGCCCUGCAAGGCCGCCCUGCUCUGCGCCCUGCGCACCGGCCGCUCCGCCGACCCCCAGCUCUGCCGGCCCCUGCGGCCCGCGCUGCCCUUCCCGCAGAUCCAGGAGCUCUGGCGGCAGCGACGGCUCUGCUGAAGCCGGCGGCAGCGGGAAUGACACCGGGACCCGCACCCCACACACAAUAAAGGCGCGAUGGACCCCCACGGCUCCCGCCGAGA